CUUCAAAAUGGUAUCGAUUUUUAGAUUAUUUUUCAAUCUUUAAUGUUUUCAUUAACACUUUUAAUCUCAUUUAUCAUUUUGCUUUUGAUUUUGUGAUUUUAUACCAAUAGAUUGAUAAAGUUUAGCUGUCUGUGAAUCGAUGUUUGUGUUUUAUCCUGUGAAGUGAAUUUCAUAAGUUCAGUUGGAUACCAGUUGAACCAGUUAAUCUGCAUUGGAUGAAAAGUUUUUUUUAAUUGUAUUUCGCAUAAUCUUAAUAAUCUUUGGAUUCAAACAAUGCUUGGUUAUUUGAUGAAAAGUGUUUAUGACAAGAUUACAAAGCUACCUUGAGACAGUUUUUUUGAUUAAACUAUUUUUUUUUUAUAUCUGAUAAAGGGUAUAACUGGCUUUAUUUCAUCAACUUUAACAGUAUCUUUUAAAGGUGUUGGAAUGAUUAUCAAUUGCUGAUAAUUAUUGCCUCAUCAAUGGAUGCAGCUAAAAUUGAAUUGAUGAUGUAACAAAUGACGAGUUGGACCUGUUAUCUUUAAAUAAAAGUAAAUUUAAAGCAAAAAAAGAGACAAGAUAAAGGGUCAAGAUGGAAACAUUUGCCAAGAAGAAUAAAAUUAUCAAUGAAAAUGGAUCUAAUUUUGGACUGAAAUGGAACCUUAAAGGGUCGUAAAGAGAAAAGAAAAGGAGCGAACCAGAUUAACCCGAAAAGAAAAGGACAGAGAAUAAAGGACUAAAGAGACAGAACAUAAGAAAUAGAAGUUGAACGAGAGCCACGAGCCAAAUAAAAAAAUCGGAAGCUGUUGGCACACAAGAAGACGCAGAACAAGAUGGUAAAGAGGGAAAAAAGAAAGAGCCAGGAGGAUGAAAGAAAGACUAAAGAAAAGUGAUACAAAGGCAGAUGUCAGUUAAAGUAUUGAGCAAAUGUUCUUUUUUCCCCUUAAUUGUUACCAUAUCUCGGAUAAUUAUUACUGUUCUUGUUCUUGUGUAUACAUAUUCUCAUCAUACAAACUCACAAUGAAGAUACUUAAAAAAAUUAAGAAUAUAACUCGAUGUCCUAAACAUAAACAGGAUAAAAAUAUUACCAAUCAACCUACAGCCAUUUUAUUUCACCAAGUUCAUGGUGAUAAUAUUCGUUUAUCUGGCAAUGGAGCCAUUGCUGAACGAUUGGAAAGUUUUUGUGAAGGAAUUGUUUUCUCAUCUCGUCCAAUUAAAGUUGGCGAACAUGUUUCAAUUAAAUUUAUGACCUCUUCAACCAAUUGGAAUGGUGCUCUUCGUUUUGGAUUCACUACAACAGAUCCAAUCAAAUUGAAGGGUCAACUACCCAAAUAUGCUUGCCCUGAGUUAACCUCUAAAUCUGGAUUCUGGGCCAAAGCAUUAAGUGAUCGUUAUGGUGUUGUCGAAAAUGUUUUAUCGUACUGGGUCGAUGAAUCUGGUAAAGCUCAUUACUCAAUCAACGGUGAUGACAAAGGAGUAUUUUUAACUGAAGUUGAUGUUUCAAAAACGAUAUGGGCUUUACUCGAUAUUUAUGGAUCUACCACUGCAAUUAGAUUUUUAGAUUCAAGGUAUAUUUGUGAAAACAGGUUAACCGAAUCCAUCUAUUCAACUCCUAAUCACCAUCAUCAACCAUCAUCAUCAUCAUCAUUACCAUCACCAUCCGGUUCAUCUUCUUCUCUCCCUGAAUAUUCAACUAUUCGACGAACUUCGGCAGUCAACCGAGAACCUUUACCUCAAAUUUACCGAGGAAAUAACCUAUCACCGUUACCUUUCCAUAGGACUAGAGGAUGUAACAUCACUUUAUCCAGUGAUGGAUGUGUUGCUGAACGAUGUGACUCUCAAUAUUCCCGUGGAUACGUUUUCUCUCAGCGACCCUUACGUUUAGGUGAGAAAAUGGUUAUCCAGAUACUUAAAACGGAUGAAUUGUACACUGGAAGUUUAGCUUUCGGUUUAACAACCUGUAAUCCAUCAACAUUGAAUACUGAUGAUUUACCUGAUGAUCCUCACAUCCUUCUUGACCGCCCAGAGUAUUGGAUUGUAAUUAAAGAUGUUGCCAACAAACCAAUUGCCGGAGAUGAGAUUGCAUUUAAAAUAACUGAAUCUGGCCAAGUUAUUAUGACCAAAAACCGUCAACCUCCAAUUACUUUGAUGCAUAUUGAUCAAACUCAAAGUUUCUAUCCUUUCUUCGACCUUUAUGGAAGUACAAUCAAGGUUAAAUCACUUGGAGCUAUGAUGUGCGAAAAAGUGAAUUCAAUCAAGACAAAUAAUCAACAAAACAAUAGUCAACAAAAACAGUUAAACCUUAAACAAUCACCAUCUUCCGCUUCACAAGUAACUUAUUACUAUUCACCACCACCUCACCAUCAGUCGAGAAUGCCAUCAAAAAAUAUGGUCACUCUUAGACAAAAAUACUGGUCAACUUAUGGUUUAUCCUCUGAAAAUGAUUCAUCAUUAGCUAAUCUAAGUCCAUACCAACAAUCAUCCAAAUUAUCUACAUGUCAAACUAUUCCAUCCAGUCAUUCUACCGGAUCUUUGAAUGUUGAGUCGGAAUGCACAGUUUGUUUUGAGGCGCCCAUUAAUUGUGUCCUCUACACUUGUGGUCAUAUGUGUAUGUGUUACGAUUGUGCAGUUAAACAAUGGAAAGGGCAAAAUGGUGGUCGAUGUCCUCUUUGUCGAGCACGAAUUUUGGAUGUUAUCAGAACUUAUUAUGCUUAAAACAUUCGUUUCCCGUCUUUACACAUUCAAGUUUUAUCUCGAUAUCAUCUAUAAAUUGGUUACUAUUAUCAUCGUUAAGAGCAACACGAUUAUGGAAAGGUAAAUCCUUUUCAUCGAUCAACAACAGUCAAAGUGAAAUCUAAUCAAACGAGGUUCAUUCUGGUCGAGAAGAGAUAACAUCUCCUCAUGAACAUAAACUUAAACGUAAAAAAAUGGAAGAAUCAACAGAAGGAAAUAUUGCCAUGAUUUCAUACAUGUUAUCAUUUUCUACAUUUUCAAAACUCUACAGUCAAGGGAAAGUUUUUUUUCGUGAAGUGAAAAAAAAUCGUUUCUACUUUAAAACUGUAACAUUACUUACCAAAGCUGCCUAUUUGACAUUCAAAAGAACAGUCCAAGACUAAUGAAAGCUCAAACCAAAGCCUCUAUUAACCAUGAUGUAAUGAGAAAUUGAAAUCUGAUUUAAUCUUGAACAUCAAAAUUGUCAGCAACUUUUCUCAUAACUCAUUGGCAAAGUUUUUAUCCUGUUUUUCCUGCUUCAUCUUGUAUUGACAUUUUACAAGCAAAAAGGGCAACAUCAAGUGCAAGGAAUCAAGAAUACAUUCACACAGUAAAUUUAUAAAACAAGAGACUAAUUUUAAUUAUGUAUUCUUAGUCUACCAAAAAAGUUUGGAUUCUCUUCGAACGGAAAUGGCGUCCACCUAUUUUCUUUUCUCCAAAUUUUCUCCUCCAUAAACUUCCGCUGAUGUUUUUUUAAACUGAUCACACCCGAGUUUUUCAUUUGAAAGAUAAGAAGCAAGCAACAAGAAAAAGAAAAGAAUCUUAUACAAUAUGUAUUAAUACGAACGAAACAACGGUUUUACUUAUAAUGGUUAUAAGAAUAACAAUUUGUAAAGGAAAUGGGCAUCAUCAUGAUGAUCAACAAAAUUAUGCUGCAUCUUCCUUCGUUUUCUUCCACUAUGCAUUAUGUUUUCAUCUUUUCUCAUCUUUAUCAUCACCAAGCCCAGAUCAAUAAAAAAACUGGGCUUGCGAAGUCAACUAAAAUUAUUUACAAAAUGUAAUAAUAUAUUCAAAUCCUUUAUUUUUUCACCUAAAUGUAUAAUAACUGAUAUUUUUUUCUGGAAUCUCUGUUGUAAUUAAUCUUUUGAAAAUGUCUUUUGUUUUCAUGAAAAUUAAACAAAUUGGCAAACUGAAUCUCUUCACUGCUUGUACAAUAUCAAGUCUUGUAAAUAGUAUAAUGUAAUGGUUAUACUUUAAUGUAAAAAACGCUAAAAUAAGGAUAAACUGUGAAUUAAGAUUGAAAAAUAAAUUUUUUUAUAUU